CGCCACCCCCGACUUUAUCGGUCGCACUCGCACACAACUUCUGUCUAUUGAACCUUCACUACGUUCGCCGACGACACCCACACAGCAGUUGCAUUUUGCCGGUCGAGCACUGUGAACGUGUUUUAUAAAACCCCACGACACCAAAUAAUUUAGAUCUCUAAACAAUGGCCUGCUCAGUGAGUGACUCUCCCUCCCUCAAGGACCUGCCCAAGGUCGCUACAGACCUCAAGAGCCAGCUCGAGGCCUUCAAUCCCAGCUGUCUUCGUGACGUCGAUACUAACGAGAAGAUCGUUCUUCCUUCUGCGGAAGAUGUAGCCACUGAAAAAACUCAAAAGUCCCUGUUUGACGGGAUCGAAAAGUUCGACGCCGGCAGUCUUAAGCACACGGAAACACAAGAAAAGAACCCGCUUCCUGACAAAGAUGUUGUGGCAGCGGAAAAGGCGCAUCAGAACCUUCUAGAUGGAGUUGAACAUUACGACAAGACACAAAUGAAGCACACGGAGACUGAAGAAAAAAAUCCCUUGCCGCCCAUUGAAGCUAUUGAAGCGGAAAAGGAGAAGAACAAGUUCUUGAACGGAAUUGAAAACUUCGACCCCACCAAGCUGAAGCACACCGAGACGUGCGAGAAGAACCCGCUGCCCACCAAGGACAUCAUCGAGCAGGAGAAGACGGCCUGAACUACCUUCCAUUAUUUAUCGCAACUAUAUAUCGCUAGUAUCGCCGUAUUUUAGACUCUAUGUAAGAUGUAAUAAGGCCAGUUUACGAUGCUCGUUUGUGACAACACCGAUUGUCCUCUACAACCCAAUAGGGCUAAAGAGCCGUUAUCAAAAAUAUAUUAUAUAUAUAUCCCCUAAAAUACUCCGAAAUAAACGAACUCCGUUAACUGGUCGUUAUCAUUAGAUUGUAGGAACCAAAUUUUCUAUGUCACUUUUAAUGGUAUAUAUAUCUAAUAAGUGUAUUUUAUGAACAUUUUAUUUAUUUUUAAUGAAGAGUUAAAUUUUAAGGUUGAGUACUGAUUUUAUUUUAAGUUGGGAACACACUGCACUCCGUAUUCGAAAAUUUUCACUGUUCAGAUGUCGCUUUGUGCUUGUGUUCUCUAUAUUAUAAAUUAGAAAUUAUAAGUAUUUUUACAUGAGAUUCCACGCGUCGUGCGACGUCUCUGGUCAUUUUUAUUUUAUUAGGAGUGUAGUUACCAAGUCUUUCAUUAAUUUCAAAUUUGGCAAAUUUUAAGAUUUUUUAACCCGGACGUAAGCUAAACCGUAAAAUGUAGGUUUAAUAUUAAAUGCUCAACUGCGUAUAUUAAAGCUAAGAUUGUCUAAUUUGUUUAAGCUAUUGAUUUCCUUGUGAUGAAGAUGAACAAUAAAUUUUUAUACUGUCGUAUUACAUGUAUCCGUAAAUGAUUCUUUUAAAAAAUUUUAUAAGACGCCAGCGAUGCCAAUAAGAAGAAUUUUUUAUCGAAAUUUUGUAUGUUUUACAGACGGUGCUUUUUUCUAAAAUAUAGAACAAAAAUUUA